AUGUCUCUACCUGAAAACACGACGGUACUUAUCGUCGGCGCAGGGCCCGCUGGUCUCACAGCUGCUCUUUCUCUCGCCUACCACGGGUGUCGUGACUUCGUUAUUGCCGAUGCCACAGUCGAAGGACAAAAUGCAUCACGGGCUUAUUCCAUAAACUCUGCAACCGUCGAGGCUUUAGCCAGCAUCGAUGCAGUAGACGGCUUACUGUCUCAAGCCAUCAAGGCGAAGAGCAUCAGAAUCGCAUCCCGGGGUUCACAGAUCUUUGAGGCCAAAUUUGACCCUCUAAAGAAAUAUUCUGCCUACCCUUACCCACUCGUUACCCCUCAAAAUGUGACGGAGCUUGCCCUGGGGCAGAAGCUGAAGAACCUUGGAGUUAGAGUACAGCGUCCGCACAGGGUGGUUGGAAUGAAACAGAGCGAGAAGGAUUCUCGCAUUACCGAUGUCUCCUUUGAGGACGGUCAAAUAAUCAGAGCUAGAUAUAUCAUCGGCGCAGAUGGUGCGCGCUCAUCGAUCCGUACCAUUGCUGGAAUUGGCUUCUGUGAUCCAGAAAGCCCGAAUCUAGUCAGUGAUGUACUCUCUCAAAUGGUCGCUGCAGAUGUUACAUUCGAGCCCGAACCUACCGGUCCGCUAACUCUCGAGGGUCACCUCAAUGGCACGAUUUCGUCAGACAGCUUCUUCAUGCUUAUACCAUUCGGUAACCGCUUCAAUGUGGAGCUGACGCGAGAUGGAGAGCCCACCACAAAACCUGUCUUCCGUGUAAGUUGUGCCAUACCGGUAAAGAACGGAGAACCACCCCAUGCGCCACCAAAAGAAUACAUCCAGGAUAUGAUCGACACAUACGGUCCAGCAUGUAUAACAUCGGAUUCCUCUCUUAACCGGACACCUGUUAAGAUCGACCAGUUGAUCUGGUCCACACGUUUCAGAACCCAUUCGGCAAUCGCUGACCGCACAUUCACACGUCUUGGCGCUGCUAUUUUCCUAGUUGGGGACGCAGCCCAUGUACAUUCACCCGCGGGCGGCCAGGGUAUGAACCUGGCUAUCAGGGACGCAAUCUUCCUUGCAGAGGCUGUUACAAAGCACAUCCAGGCCUCUGCAGAAGACCCCGAUGUAGAUGAUACCAUUCUGCAGGAAAUUGCGGAAGCGCGUCACGCACGGGCGCUAGAAACCAUUGACUUCACCAAGAAACUUCUGAAACUCGCAAGCCUUGGGUACGAUCCAUAUGCUUGGUGGAUGCCGUUCAGCUGGGCUUCUAUUCGCGACCUGACACUACGGAUAUUGGGCAGAUUUCAUUUCGUGCAGUCGAGUGUUGCAUGGGGAAUGAGUGGGCUUGGACGACGCUGA